GCGCGUCGCUGUCAUUCCGUGUCUCACGGCGGCUCCGAAGGGUUUUGACGCGCGUCUGAGCAUCGCGAACGCCGUCACUCAUCGGGUUAAACAGUUUAGAAGGCAAUUAUUCAAAUCCUGCAGCACUUGCACCGGAUUCGGGCUGCGGUAUCAUAGCAACAACACCCGAGAAGCGGCGCAACAUCAGCCGCAGUAACGGCGGAGCCCGAACCCGGAGCGCAAAACCGGAUCGGGAACCCGGCGCUGGAGCGCGCGGUUUGCGCGUGCGAUUAAACGGCUGAGCGGAGCUUGGGAAGAUUCCUGACUGGAAAUGAUGGAAAUGACGAAGUUAACGCUCCAAAUGCGAUCUUCUGGAGAGAGAAAGUUUGCGUUUCGUUGCGCGAAUACGAAUCUAUUAGUCGUAUUUCACGGAUGAUUAAUUGAGCGCCAUCAUGAUCGCCACAGGGGGUCUGCUGCGGAUAUCUGCCAGGAGACAGGACUCCCUCCGUGCGAAGAACCGCGCCGAAAACAAGCGCAAGAGGAAAGCGAAGAAAAAGAGGAAGAACGAAGUGGUUGUGGUGAAAGGCAAGCUGAAGCUGUGCUCCGUAUCCGGACUGGUCGCCGCCGCCGGGAUUCUGGUGCUGCUGGUUGGCGUCGCCAUGGCCGUGUUGGGCUACUGGCCCAAAGAGAGUCCGCUUUACCCGGGACUGAUGAACGCACAGAGCGCUCGGAGGACUUACGAGAGCCGGGAAUUAGUCAAUGUGACCGUCAGACCGUCUUGGGAUCGACUAGAUAAAGACUUCAGGAGCUAUAAUGGCUCCGACGGGACCUCUGAGCCGGAUCCGCCUAAGCUGGGAGCAUUUGCUGCGUUUAUCAACAGAUACUUGUAUUCGGACAGGCUCAAAGUGUUCGGACCUUUAAUCAUGGGCAUCGGGAUCUUCCUUUUCAUUUGUGCCAAUGCGGUGCUUCACGAAAACAGAGACAAAAAGACCAAAAUCAUUAAUCUCAGAGACAUCUACUCAACGGUGAUUGACAUUCAUAGCCUGCGGAGCAAAGAAUCAGCUCCGCUGAACGGUUUCGUCAACUACUGCCAAUCAAAAGACACCAAAUCGUACGGUUCCCCUCAUAAGGCCUCCUGGCCGUCUCCAGGCUCCGGGCGACACGACGCGGGUAGCAUGAUCCCAUCUCGACGUCCGUCUACCACCAUCCCACCGUCCCGACAGAGCAUUACGGACACCGUCUACAGCAUCUAUCGAGAUCAGAACCGAAUCGGCACAGCGGCGCCUGAGCUGAAGCAAUGGGAAACCAGGACCAUCGUGUCCACUUCGGUCAACGCUUUCACCCUACCCAUGAUGAAGCUCAACCACCGAGCAGCUUCGGAAAGAAGGGGUUCGGAUAAAACCGGAGAGGCCAAAAGAGAGUUCCUGGACGCCGAGGCCAUUUGCAGACGUUUGGAGGAUCUGGUAGCGUCUAGGACCAUCACCAAGGCCAAAGUGGAACCUCAUCCCGAGCUUCCGCAGGAUUCGGUGGAGGUGUACAGGAGCAGCGGCAGUUUGCAAGGAGCGCCUCGCGUUUCUCUGCAGGGUUCCCAGGUUCAGCUGCUGCCGUCCUGUUCGCCGGGCCGCAAGGCCGCCGGAUCUCACCUGUCCUUGAGCGCUUUGUCUGACUACUCCAGGUCUGUCGAUCUGGAUAUCUGUCCGUCCACCCCUACGGUGGUGCGAUCGAGACGUCUCAGCUGCCCUCGGCUGGAAGGCCUCGGCAGCGGGGGCUACACCAAACUCGAGGGUCUCGGAGGCGAGUCGUUCGAGUCCACGGACAACGCCGCGUUCAGUCGAGAGAGCUCUGUUGAGGUUUUGGAAAAGGACCGGGAGACACAUCAGGAGGAGUGUGCCGUGAUCAGACAGUAUUCAAAGAAACAAAAACUCAUAAUGGUUUCCCAGUCGGAUACUACUUUAGAAGAUGUGGAAAUGGACAGCGUAGAAGUUUAACUUCUGUUAGUCUAGAAUGACAAGCAGUCGAGACGUUGCCUGUUCGUUAGACCCAAAGGUUCUCAGUCUUUAGUACUGUUUCCUCAAGGAAUUACAAGCAAAAACUCAAUGGGACGUGAAACAAAUUCCAGCAUGAUAGCACAGCUAUGCUCCACUAGAUGAAAAAAGCAACUUUAUACUUCCAGUAGUAGAUUAUUUGUGGCUGUUUUCGUUUAUCGGUGACGUUUGGCUGUCUGAGCAGCAUGUUUUAUACUGUCGUCGACUUGCACUUUUUUAAUCACCAAAUUAUUGAUUAUUUUUUAGAAAUUGACUUGAUAGCAAUAUCUCAUUUGAAAUGUUCCCUGCUCGUGUGGGAAAUGUUUAUGUUUGCAUUUUGCCUCAGAGAUGUUAACUUACACUUGUAUGCUGUCGGUUUUUACUUAUUUUUUAGUUCGUUUGACUUAAAUGAGCCACAAGUCGAAUCCUGACGUUAGCUAGCCCAGUGGUUCAUGUGGUUCAGUACUGUCUGAGAUGUAAUGUCUGUUACAGUAUAUAAAAAAAAAUCAAGAGACGUUGACGUGUAGUUUCUCACAUGAGUUUUGGGGUCGAUUCAUUAAAGUUUAAUCAAGAGUGUGUCUCUCAAGCAGAUCUCAUUUAGCCCAAGAGAAGGACUAAUGCUGUGUUCCGUCCAAAAUCAGAUGUUCUCGCUUAGUAUCUCCAUCCAUAAAGCGGUUUCAUUGCCAGAGAGACUGAAGAUGAUGUUUAAAGUGUAAUUAAGAGUUUAUGUCACAGUUAUGAUCUUAAUCUCUGAACUGUGGGAAAUAAAGUCAGAACAGCAAGAUAUAAACUCAGAAUGUGAGGGGGAAAAAGUCCAAACUGUGAGAUAAAAUGUCAAAAUUACAUUUUAUCCCAUGGAGGAAGCUUUCAUACUAACUACACAGUAAAAAAUAAAUUGUUGAGUCAACUUAAAAUAAUUUGUUAUCUGGCUGCCUUAAAAAUUUUAAUUCAGUCAACUCAAAAAAAAAAGUUUAUUCAACUUGAAAUGUUAAAUUAUACUUAGUGACAACUUGGAUAUUUGAGUUGAAUCAACUUAACAUUUUAAGGCAGCUGGGUUACUUACCCAUCUGUUAAGUUUAGCAAACACAAAUAUCUAAGUUGUUACUUAGUACAACUUAACAUUUCAAGUUGACUAAAUGUAUUUUAGUUGACUGAACUUAAAAUUCUAAGGCAGCAGGGUAACAAAUUAUUUUAAGCUGACUCAACAAUUGUGUUUUUUAUUUUUUACAGUGUAGUGAAUUUUGGCAUCACAAAAUUAAUGACAGUAUGAAAGAUGGAUGAAUAUUCCGUUUGAAAUCUGCUACAGUUUAAAUGAGUAUAAAUAUCAUGAGGGAGCUCUGGGAUUCUAGUUGACGUUUAUAGAGCUGUAAUAGAUGGCUUUUAUUGACUAAUUUGGUACCAGAAUUCAGGCAGGUAAAACUAACAA